AUGCAGUUUCUAGUACUCGGGGCCGUGGCCCUGCCUUUGGCUAUCCUUGCGUAUCCUACGCCCCAGUCAGCUCCAGAUCGACCAGCCGUUGAUCUGAAUACCCUUCGCUUGACUGCCAAUGCCGAGUACAUCAGUUCGCUCGAUGUGGCUCACGGGAACUCGUCCAUUCCCACCUUCGCGGAGGAAAGCUACCUUGAUAUCGCGAUGCGGCUAGUCCAGGGGACCGUUCCCGGUGCAACCUUUCGUCUUGUCGACGACCACUACGUUGGCGACAACGGCGUCGCCCAUGUGUAUUUCCGUCAGACCGUUCAUGGUAUCGACAUUGACAACGCGGACUUCAACGUCAAUGUUGGAGAAGACGGCAAGAUCUUCUCCUAUGGCAACUCAUUCUUCACAGGAGCCAUGCCGCAGGGCGAUCCGCUCGAAGGGAAGACCAUGGAUCCAGUAGCUGCCCUCAGAGGAGCACGGGAUGCUCUACAACUUCCAAUUCUCAUCAGCAAUGCUUCCGCACAGGCUACUGACGCGCGCGCCUCCUACACCUUCAGAGGGACGUCGGGAGCAGUGUCCGAUCCAAACGCCAAACUGGUGUACUUUGUCAGGCUUGACCAGAGCCUCGCUUUGACUUGGAGGAUCGAAACGGAUGUCGACGAGCACUGGCUACUGACGUAUGUAGAUACCACAACUACCGAGAUCCAUGGAGUGGUCGACUAUGUGGCAGAAGCAACAUACCAAGUAUACCCCUGGGGUAUCAACGACCCCAGUGACGGGCAUCGCACCAUCGUGUCCAACCCGUGGGACCAGACUUCGUCCGAAUACACGUGGAUCGGCGACGGACGAAGCAACUACACCACCACCCGCGGCAACAACGCCAUCGCGCAGUGGAAUCCCAACGGGGGCGGCGAGUAUCUCUUCAACCAACGCCCAUCGGAGGCCAGCCUUAACUUCCAGUACCCAUACUCGCAGAACACAACCACCCCAGCAUCCUACAUCAACGCCUCCAUCGUCCAGCUCUUCUACACCGCCAACAUCUACCACGACCUCCUAUAUACCCUGGGCUUCAACGAAGCCGCCGGCAACUUCGAGUUCAACAACGGCAACCACGGCGGCCAAGGACACGACUACGUGAUCCUCAAUGCCCAAGAUGGAUCCGGGACCAGCAACGCCAACUUCGCCUCUCCCCCCGACGGCUUCCCGGCCCGCAUGCGCAUGUACAUCUGGACCGAAUCCACUCCACCGCGCGACGGCAGCUUCGACGCGGGCAUUGUCAUCCACGAAUACACCCACGGCCUAUCCACACGCCUCACCGGCGGCCCUCUAAACUCGGGCUGCCUCAAUGCGCUCGAAUCCGGGGGCAUGGGCGAAGGCUGGGGCGACUUCAUGGCGACGGCCAUCCGGCUCAAGCCCAACGACACGCGAACAAAAUCCUACGCCGUCGGCUCGUGGUCGUACAACGACGACGGCGGCGUCCGCAAGUACCCGUACUCGACCUCGUUCGCGCAAAACCCGCUCAACUACACCAGCGUUAACAACCAGAAUGGCGUCCACGCGAUCGGCACCGUCUGGGCGACGAUGCUGUAUGAGGUGUUGUGGAAUCUGAUCGAUAAGCAUGGCAAGAAUGAUGGGCCGAAGCCGGAGAUAAGGCAUGGCGUGCCGACGGACGGGAAGUAUUUGGCGAUGAAGUUGGUGAUGGAUGGGAUGGCGUUUCAACCAUGCAACCCGAACUUCAUCCAAGCAAGAGAUGCCAUCCUCGACGCCGAUUCCUGUCUCACGGGCGGUGAGAACCAGUGUGAGAUCUGGAAGGGAUUUGCGAAGCGCGGGUUGGGGCUGGGAGCGGCGUAUAGUCGAAGGAGACGGGUGGGGAGCACGGCCAUCCCAGACGGGGUUUGUGGUUAG